AUGUCGAAAGUCGUGCUGAUCACCAUGCUUCUGAACCCCUUCCGACCCUGCGAGGGCUCGCCAACCUUCCAAGAGGAAUACCGGGGCGGCUACGUACCGAACGUGAUCCAAACCGACUACGGACUCCAGGUCGCAGCGCCGGAUACUCCAUACGUAGCCGCGGCCGGCUCGAACAAGUUAUACUUCAUCGACACGCGAUUCGACCCCGAGACGGCCAAGCACGUGAAAGAACAAAUCGAGAAAGCCACUGUACCGAACCCAGAGGAAUACGUCGCUAUCGACGAGGUCACCGCUACCGCGGAACUGAAAAACUCGGUGACCGGCGAAACAACAUUCGUAUUUGACCCCCCUUACGCCAGGGUGCUCUUCGCAAGGGGAAUGAACAGGCAUAACCCGGACCUCAAAUUGCCGGAGCACGAGCCCGCCGGUGAUUGGUUGGUGACCUACGACUUGGACAAGAUACUGACGGAGCGGGCUAAUCUGUUCUGCUACGAUUACGGCUGUUACUCCAACAAUGACUGCAUCCGGCAAACGCACGGCAACUGUCGGAUCUGCCACCACUAUCGGGUUGACAACGAGUGUGACCAACCCUUGACGAAUGCCAUCGGGAUAUGCCACCCAAAGCUUUGCUCGAGGGCGGUCGAUACACCCAAGGAAGAGAGAGAGACGGAUGCGAGCUACUAUGAACGGAUGGACAAGUUGCAUUGGGCAUCAGAGAGCUGA